AUGAUGACCCGCAACCGACCGAAGAAGACAGACGAGGCGGAUGCAGCGGCCGUUACACAUACAAGACCGCCCGCAUCACCGUCUGAGCUACGAGAAACGACGACGACAGCACCCGCAGAAACGGAAACACGAGUAGACGACACUCAGUCACAGGCCUCAGUCAGAACGACGAGAUCUGUGAGAUCGCGACUGAAGGAAGCACAAGCAGAGGCAGGAAGCAAGCUACUAGCGCUCGAAAAGAAAAUGAUAGCGCUCGAAAAAGAGCAAAUACUUAAAGAAAUGGAAGCGAACAUUGCGAGAAUUGCUGACGACGCUAGCGUUGUUGACAGAACGGACGCGCUACCGAUAGAGUCAGAAGAUCGAGUACAAGACUGGCUCAAAAGACACAGCCAAGAAGCGACCGCUAUACCACAAAGACACGGUGACGCCCCUUUUCCAACACGGGGGGAGUCAUCGCGGCAAGUCGCGUGGACUAAAGAUACGGUCGGGCAACGUAGAGAUGAGUCACCCGUCGUAGAACACGACACAACGAAAGUCGGAACACCGAGAGCAAGAUCCCGAGAUCGCGGGAUAGAAAAGCUAACUGAAGUCUUUGAGGAGCUGACGAGACAAAGGCCGCCUCCAAGACAAGGCUUCGAUUUACCUCAGUUCAAUGGAAAUGUAACAGAAUGGCUGUACUUCAAGGCCGCGUACGAGGACACGACGCGACUGUACAAAUACACAAACAUUGAGAAUCUAGCCAGGUUACGUGCUUGUUUAACGGGAGCCGCACGCGACACUGUUGCGGUUCUAUUAAGCACAACGAACGAUCCUGAGCUAAUAAUGAGAACGCUUAACCAAUGCUAUGGUCGACCCGAAAUAAUUAUCGACCGUGCAAUGGACGAGAUAAAGAAGCUGCCGCGACCCGGCACGACGGCUGUAGAACUUAACCAAUUCGCCGUGAAAGUACAGAAUAUAGCUUGGCUGUUAAACAGCAUAGAGGAUAGAAGCUACGUUAAUAGUACGAUGCUCGUCAGAGAAAUAUUAAAUAAACUGAGCCUGCACUAUCAAGCACGGUGGACGGACUACGGUCAAGCACAUGGCACGACAUAUGAGCCCAUAUUUCUCACAUUGUCGAAUUAUCUCAUCAAAGAAGCGGAUCUACAACUUACAUACAACUACAGUAAGAAGACAGAGACAACAACAGUUGAAAAAAGAGAGAGUCGACCGCUACGCCGCGCGAACAUUUAUGCGACUAAUAACGAUGAUAAAAAGAUAAGUUGCUUAUGUUGCGGGCGCGAGCAUGAAACACCAAAGUGCAAAGAAUUUGCAAAUAUGUCACUAAGCCAGCGUUGGGAACGAAUGAAGAAGGCGAGAGCCUGUUUUCAAUGCAUUGUUAGCACGCACCUGCGAUCCCGGUGCAAGCAUAAAAGGUGCGACAUAGACGGGUGCGAUAAACCGCAUCACCCGAUGUUACAUGAAGAAAAAAUAGCGAUCGAAGAGAAACCGACUGAAGUUGUACUCUCGACUACUAUUAACAGCAACAACCAAGCUGUUUUAUUAAAAGUAUGUCCGGUGUAUAUAAAAUCGGAUGGCGAAAAGCAAAUCAAAACGUAUGCUUUAUUAGACGAGGGAUCAACAAUAUCAUUGAUCGAUGAAGACCUCGCACGAGAGCUUGAAUUAAACGGACCUACGCAACCCCUACGAAUAAGCGGGGUGGGGGCGUCAAGCGACAUUAUGAACAGUAGAUCGGUGCAAAUUAAGAUAAGCCGACGAAACAAUGGAGCGUCACACGCGAUCCGUGUGCGAACAAUGACAAACCUAGCAAUAGGUGGACAAACAAUAAGCGCGAACACGCUGAAAUACAAUCAUUUAAAAGGAUUGCCUUUGAAAGACGUCAUCGGUAAAGUCAAACCGAAGUUGUUAAUCGGGUCCGAUAACUGGGACUUGAUUAUAUCAAGAAAGCUGAGAACCGGCAAACGUGGCGAACCUGUAGCGUCACUCACACGACUAGGGUGGGUCAUACACGGCACCACACCCAAAACAUCAUUAAGUCGUGAAAAUGUGUUACAUACGUAUGAAAACGACGAUGACUGCGUUAGUAACAAAUCGUUGGAAAAACUAAUAAAGAAAAGCUACGAAAUCGACGCACUCGGUAUAAAAGUAACACAAAGAAAAUCGAGUGUCGACGAGCGCGCUAUACGCAUAUUCGAAGAAACGGCACGUCGCAUUGACGGACGUUUUGAAGUAGGCCUGCCAUGGCGAACCGACAAACCUACGCUACCGUUAAACUAUGAGAUGGCUAGAAAAAGGUUAAAAUCCAUUGAGAACAAAAUGGACCGAUGCGAAGAAUUCAAACAUGCAUACACGGCGGAGAUUCAAAAUCUUAUUAACAAGGGAUACGCCGCACCGGUAACAAACGAUGACUUACCGGCGACUACUACAUGGUAUCUCCCGCACUUCGCAGUCGUUAACCCAAACAAGCCGGGAAAACUCAGAGUAGUGUUCGACGCGGCCGCAAGAGAUAAGGGCGUCUGCUUAAAUGACGAGCUGCUAGACGGCCCCGACUUACUUCAGUCACUGCCGGGAAUACUCUACAAAUAUAGAGAAAAUGAAGUCGCAGUGACGGCCGACGUCAAAGAAAUGUUUCUUCAAAUUAAGAUUAGAAAACAAGAUCAAGGCGCGCAGCUUUUCCUUUGGCGAGGCGAUGAUAGAACGAGCCCUCCGAAAACGUUUAAAAUGACUUCAAUGAUAUUUGGGGCUCGUAGUUCGCCAUUCAUCGCACACAGCGUUAGAAACAAGAACGCUGAAGAUUUCCGAUUAUCGCAUCCGCUAGCAUAUGAAGCGAUAACGAAAAAUCAUUAUAUGGAUGACUUCGUCGAUAGCUUCAGGACCGAAGACGAAGCUAUACAAACAAUCAAGGAGGUCAUACAUGUGCACGCCCACGCUAGCUUCACAUUAGCUGGGUGGAGUAGUAAUCGCGACACGGUGAUACAACACACGCCGUUCGACCUGCGAACACGGGCGACCGCGAGUCUAGUGGCCACUAACCACGAUAUGAAUAAGACAUUGGGAAUGGUGUGGAUCCCGCGAGAAGAUAAACUUUCUUUCAACACAUGUUUAGCGAGGAUUCACACCGACGUGAAAGAGCGCCGUCGACCUCCUUCAAAGAGGGAAGCGCUAGGAACGGUGAUGUCAAUCUUCGACCCGCUGGGACUCAUAAGCUAUUAUACAAUCACGGCCAAAAUAAUACUUCAAAAUUUAUGGAGGCUGAAGCUUGAUUGGGACGAGCCCAUACCGGCAGAAGACUACGCUAACUUCGAUGACUGGCUGAAACGAUUAAAUGACAUCACCAAGCUGCGAAUACCACGAUGGUACGGCAAUACGGGGGGAGUUAAAGUCGAACUCCACGUUUUCUGCGAUGCCUCUGAGCAAGCGUACGCAAGCGCCGCCUACUGGCGCUCCGAAGAGCCGAACGGAAACGUACGCAUAGCGCUGAUAUCUGCUAAAGCGCGAGUAGCGCCGUUGAAAACACAAAGCAUUCCAAGACUCGAGCUGCAGGCCGCACUAAUCGGCGUACGUCUUGCGUCCGCUAUACUUAAGGAGCAUAGACUAGCCGUGGCGAGUCACACAUAUUGGACGGACUCAACAACCGUAUUGCAGUGGAUUCGAAACGAUAAAGCUCGUCACACUCCAUUCGUGGCGAACAGGCUGGGUGAAAUAGCUGAAUUAACGAAGAUAAAUCAAUGGCGGUGGGUGCCUACCGCCGACAAUGUGGCGGACGACGCGACUCGUAUCAAUAACGAAGAAAAGAACGAGAACGACCGUUGGUUCACCGGCCCUGCUUUCCUACGCGAACCGAGGGAAUCAUGGCCCGAACAAGCACCGUGGCUAGAAGUGGCGGCUGUUGAACAUCACACAGCCACAGAACGAGCCGACAUACGACAGAGCGUACCGGAUGUAACACGCUUUUCAAAAUACGAGCGUUACAUACGAGCGAUCGCCUAUGUGCCUAUGUUUAUAAAUCGAGCGAAGAAAAUCAAGACGACGCUCGACGCUAAUUUGCUAGAAGAAGCCGAACGCUUAGCAAUAAAAGCUUCACAACACGACAAGUUUGAAGAAGAUAUAGAAAGAUUGACGAACAAAAAGUCAAUAUGUCGAAGCAGCAGAUUAGCCAAACUUGAUCCCGUGCUUGACGAACACGGCCUCCUGCGACUGAACGGCCGCUUGAAGCACGCAGCCAUACCGAACGUAUGCAAGUGUCCCGUCAUAUUGGACGGCGGUCAUCGCUUCACAAGACUAUUAGUGCGAAGAGAACAUGAAAGAGCGCUGCACGCGAACAAUGAGCGUGUGGUUAACGACCUACGGCAGCGAUAUUGGAUAUUGCGAGUCAGACCGACAGUUAAGGCCGUAGCGAAGGAAUGCUCGACAUGUCGUAUAAAGAAGGCCACGCCCACUAUGCCGAACUUCGGUGACCUACCUGCGGAGCGGACCGAGGCAUUCGUGCGACCAUUCACGAAUUGCGGACUCGACUAUUUCGGUCCAAUGACGAUCACAAUAGGACGCCGAAGAGAGAAGCGCUGGGGGGCUCUAUUUACUUGCCUUUCAACACGGGCUGUACACAUAGAGUUAGUCGGCACUCUCACUACGGAUUCGGCAAUAAUGGCGAUGCGACGUAUGGCAGCGCGACGUGGGUGGCCGCGAGUUAUGUACUCAGACAACGCAACUAAUUUCCGCGGCGCCGAUACUGAGUUACGUCGAGCCAUUGAAGUAUGGGAAAGUGAACUUAAAGACUAUGGCCUACAACAGCGAAUGAACUGGAAAUACAUCACUCCCGGCGCACCACAUCAAGGCGGCGCGUGGGAGAGACUUAUUCGUUCUGUAAAGACUUCGCUUCUCGCCGUACUUUUCCAAAAAGAACCGCACGAAGAGAUAUUAAUUACGCUGUUAGCGGAGGUUGAGCACACGAUCAAUGCUCGACCGCUAACACACGUGCCGGUGACACCAGAGGACCCGGAGGCACUCACUCCGAACCAUUUUCUGUUGGGUGGCCCUUCCGACAUGCCACUAGUAGGCGCAUGUGAACAUAUAACAAAAAGAACAUGGAAGAAAGCUCAAGCGCUAGCGAACGAGUUUUGGCGGCGGUGGGUACGCGAGUACUUACCAACACUCAACCCACGCGGCCACCUGCGACAUGAUAAACAAGCGCUUAAGGUUGGCGAUAUUGUCAUUGUUGCCGACGCUGCGCUUCCAAGAAAUGUAUGGCCACGAGGAAGAAUUACGCAAACAUUUCCCGGACCGGAUGGGGAAAUCAGAAGCGUCAUGGUGCAAUCAAGAGGGCAUCAAUUAAAGCGACCGGUAACAAAGGUCGUCGUCCUUCCCGUAGAAGAGGCUGCGUCCCGAGGACUUCACCGGGGGGAGGCUGUUGCGGACGGCGAUUACAUAGACGACGGCGUUGCCGAGCUACAGGCAACGGGGAGCGCGCCUAUGUAA